ACUAAGAAGCCCGGCGAUCGCGUUUAGUGCGUCGCGGUUGGUCUACGAGGCAACAGCUCAAGACUCCAGAGCUCCAUUCGCAGCUCUCGGACUCGGAUUCGGAUUCCGUUGCGGUUUCGGUUUUGCUUGUGGUUUCGGUUUUCAAAAGUCAGUGUUACCGCCGAGUUAAACUUCGCGUUGCGUGACAAAAGACCUGGCGAAUCUCCCCGGCUUUUGAGUGAGUGGGAAAUUGGCCAAAGCCACAAUAGAAAUCCACACAACAAUAGGCAUCAAAAGCUGUUUUUAAUUGUGCACAAACGGAUUGAAAGCGUUCGGGAAACCAAGACCAAGUCAAAUAAAUUAAAACUAAAAUUGAAUCGGCAACAAGUUGAUUGAAAACCCAACCAACUGGCAGUGCAGGCCGAGAAAACUGAUAGAAAAAAAAAACAAAUCAAACGCUCAAGACCGAGUGGAUCCGAGGACCAAACCGAAGAUGUCGGGCUUACGCAAAACAUCCAUUGCGCUGAUGAGGCGCUCCACAUCCAGCACCACCAUACUGCCGCAUUCCGGGGGCGGUGGUGGUGCCGUGUCGCCGCCCAGCAGCGGAGUGGGCGUGGCCACGGAAAUUGAAAAAUCAAUUGCAAUGCAACGGCUGCGGGCGGGAGAGUCGGCGAUUCGGAAGAAAUUAAAUGUCAGCCAGCAGCCCGUUACAUCAGUGGCAACAACUAGGACUACAGCGAGCGCACUACCAGCAGAAACCAGUUCUUCACCGGCGGCUGCAGUGCGUCCUUAUUCGGAUGUGCCGGGUCCAUACCCCUUGCCCCUCAUUGGCAACUCCUGGCGCUUCGCGCCGCUAAUAGGAACAUACAAAAUCAGCGACUUGGACAAGGUCAUGAAUGAGCUGCAUGUCAACUAUGGAAAGAUGGCCAAAGUGGGCGGUCUCAUUGGUCAUCCCGAUCUGCUGUUCGUCUUCGAUGGCGAUGAGAUUCGUAACAUAUUCAAGAAGGAGGAGGCGAUGCCGCAUCGACCGUCGAUGCCCUCACUGCGCCACUACAAGGGCGACCUGCGACGCGAUUUCUUUGGCGAUGUGGCCGGCCUAAUUGGCGUGCAUGGUCCCAAGUGGGAGGCCUUCAGACAGGAGGUGCAGCACAUCCUGCUGCAGCCGCAGACCGCCAAGAAGUACAUUCCGCCGCUAAAUGACAUUGCCAGCGAGUUUAUGGGCCGUAUUGAGCUGAUGCGCGACGAAAAGGACGAGCUGCCAGCCAAUUUCCUGCACGAGCUCUACAAAUGGGCCUUGGAAUCUGUCGGUCGCGUUUCCCUGGACACGAGAUUGGGCUGUUUGUCCCCCGAGGGCAGCGAAGAGGCCCAACAGAUCAUAGAGGCUAUCAACACAUUCUUCUGGGCCGUUCCAGAAUUGGAGCUGCGAAUGCCGCUGUGGCGGAUAUAUCCCACCAAGGCAUAUAGGAGCUUCGUCAAGGCUUUGGAUCAGUUCACAGCAAUUUGCAUGAAGAACAUUGGCAAGACCAUGGACAAGGCCGAUGCCGAUGAGGCUAGAGGAUUGCCCAAAUCCGAGGCGGACAUAUCCAUUGUGGAGCGGAUAGUGCGAAAGACGGGCAAUCGCAAACUGGCUGCCAUUUUGGCACUGGACUUGUUUUUGGUUGGAGUCGAUACGACCUCAGUGGCCGCCUCCUCCACAAUCUAUCAGCUGGCCAAGAACCCAGACAAACAGAAAAAACUCUUCGACGAACUGCAGAAGGUGUUUCCCCAUCGCGAGGCGGACAUCAACCAGAAUGUCCUGGAGCAAAUGCCCUACCUGCGAGCCUGCGUAAAGGAAACUCUACGCAUGCGACCCGUGGUGAUUGCCAAUGGACGCAGUCUGCAGUCGGAUGCUGUCAUCAAUGGCUACCACGUGCCCAAAGGCACACACGUUAUCUUCCCCCAUUUGGUUGUUUCAAACGAUCCCGCAUAUUUCCCAGAACCCAAGCGUUUUCUGCCCGAGCGCUGGCUGAAACAGUCCACAGAUGCAGCUGGCUGCCCCCAUGCCAACCAAAAAAUUCACCCAUUCGUGAGUUUGCCCUUUGGCUUUGGGCGUCGCAUGUGCGUGGGUCGUCGGUUUGCCGAAAUCGAGUUGCACACGCUGCUGGCCAAGAUCUUCCGCAAAUACAAGGUCUCGUACAAUUCCGGAGAGUUUGUGUACCGUGUGAACUCCACGUACAUUCCGCAGUCGCCUCUGAAUUUCAAGCUAACGCUGAGGGACGAGUGAGCUGUCUGGAACCAAAGGGAACCGGAGGGAACCCAUCAUGGAGCUCAAAGCUGCAGUGACACACGGCGGAUGUGUGAUAUUUAUAGUCAAAGCCCAGCUGCUGUUGCUAUGCUUCAUUUUAAUUAAGCAAAUGUACAUGGAGCACAGUUCCGACAAAUUCAGUACAUCCCAUCGCCACGAGCGCAGUUUUGUGGGUGCGUGUAACUAAACUAAAUAAUCGUUGUGUAUUUAUGCUGAUACAUGUGUAUAUAGGACCCAUUAUAUUCCCCCCAUGCUUAGUUGUAGUUUUCUUCUCGAAGAAUAAUUGUACCCAAUAAAGCGUCGAAAAGUAUGCAAUAAGCUG